AAUUUAAAAAGGCUCGAACUUCAAGGAAACAGACUAAGUGGCGAGUUUCCUCAACUGACUCAACUCAGUAACUUGAAUUAUCUUGAUGCCAGUGACAAUGCCAUCUCCGGCAACCUUCCAGCAAAUUUCCCUGAAGCCCUAAUUGAGAUUUCAAUGAGGAACAAUCAAAUUGAGGGAAACAUUCCCUCGAACGUGAUCAGCUGUGCAUAUUUGCAAGUAAUGGACCUGAGUCACAACAGACUCAGUGGGUCAGUUCCUCCGAGUCUAUUUACUCACCCCUCUUUACAGCAGUUAACUCUCUCAUACAACCAAUACGACUCGGUGCCAGUACCCGGAAAUUCGGGUCUGACCAGUGAACUCAUUUCAGUGGAUUUGAGCAACAAUAAUAUCCACGGGUUUUUACCCGGUUUCAUGGGUUUAAUGCCCAAAUUGUCAGCUCUGUCACUGGAAAACAAUAAGUUCUCGGGUAUGAUACCCGCCCAGUAUGCAUUAAAAGUUUUGGCGGGCUCGGGUACAGAGUUGGCCCAGUUCGCGAGGUUAUUGCUUGGAGGAAAUUAUUUGUUAGGUCCCAUUCCGGGUCUGCUACUGGAGCUUCAUCCGGGUUCGGUCACGAUCCGAUUGGGAAAUAACUGCUUUUUCCGGUGCCCAGUAAGGUGGUUCUUUUGUGAAGGUGGUGCCCAAAAGUCCUUGAAGGAAUGCAGAGCGUUUGGUCCCAUCAUUCCUUGAAUAACGUGAUAUUUUGUAAGAAAAAUAUUUAUUAUUAUUAUUUUAUUUUGUUAACGUUGG